AAAAACGGAAGUCGGCCGCACUAACACAGCUUGUUUGUCUACGCCAGACGGCUGCAGAGGCAUUUGGUCGAACACAUGGCGCGCGCCCUAGUCCGCCGGGCUCUCUCCCUCGCCGCCGCGGCCUCCUCCCCGGCGACCCCUUCCUUCUCCACCGCCGUCGUGCCGCUGCGCUCCCCCCUCGACGACCGCCUCCUCCGCCUCCUGCGCUCCGAGAUCUCCUACAUCUCCGACCGCCGCCCUCCCCAUGCGCCGCCGAAGACCUUCAGGUCGUUCGGGGUGGAGGACCGUCCGGGGGAGCAGUGGGUGCGCCUCCGCGCCACCCGCGGCGGCGAGGAGGUCAAGGUCGACGCCACCAUGUGCGACGGCGCCGCCGUCCCGCCCGCCGACGCGCCCCUCUUCCGCCGCGUCGAGUCGCUCGAGCACGGCCCGCGCCUCCACCUCAGCCUCAUCGUCGAGGUCUCCCGCGCGGACCGCGUCCUCGGCUUCAUCUGCUCCGCCUGGCCCGACGAGCUCGUCGUCCGCCACGUCCUCACUCUCCGAGACGCCGACGGUUCCAGCACCGGGAACGGAGGCCGCGACUUUGCGAAGCUGGAGGCAAAGGAGAGGGAGUCGGUGAGGAAAUUCUUGCAGGAGAGGGAGGUGGAUGACGAACUCGCGGAGUUCUUGCACGAAUACAUGGCAAACAAGGAAAAGAUGGAGCUUCUCCGGUGGUUGCAUAUUGUUGAAUCAUUCGUCGAGAAGUAGGCACAGGAGAAGCAGGUUAAAAAAUCAGGAGUUCCUUGUCAUAUCAGCACGACUGUGGACUUAGUUUCGCCCUGGGAGCUGAAAACAAAUAGCCUCCGGGCCUAUUGGAAGUGGAGUUAAAGAGCUGCUCUCCUACACUCCAUCCUAUAACUCUAGUUCUAGUAAAAACUUCAGUUCCAUUUAGGAAAAUACUAAGAACGUUAAUCUGAUUGUAUUGAUGCUGUGGUGCACUACCAUACAGAAUUGGUGUGAUUGAUUGUAUUGCAGUUGCUCACCUAUACGUUUCAAUAAAUAGAUGUGCUAUUCUGCUUGUUUUGAAUUGCUAUGGAUG